GGGAGGAAGUUUUUCUCUUCUCUGACCAUCGGGAAUGACAGAAGCGAGGAGAGGAGAGGAGAAGCCAGUUGGUUAUGGCGACGUGACGAUGAUGAGCAUAAAGAGCAGGAGAUAACGUGAAUAAAGGGAGAAAAGAAGGAGAUGAAAAGAGUGAAAACAGAGUGACAGACCAAGACGGAGUGAGGGCUGAGAAGAAAAAACUGGGAGAAAGAGAACAAGAAAGCCGAGAAAACGGAGAGAAGGGAGGGCUGACAGUGAAACAGAGACGAGGGAGAGGGAGGAAAUCGAAUUUGAAGAGAGUGAGAUCGAACAGAAAGAGAGAGUGAGAAACAAGGAGAAAAAGAAAAAGAAGAUACCGAGGGAGAGAGGCGGAAGAGAAACUUGAGGAGAGGAAUAUCUACUCUGGUUUGGUGACCAACAGUAGAGGCCGAGCUUCAGAACUGGAAGUAAGGAAGAGGCGACCGUGGGAGCCUGGUUCAGCGUGUGGCUUUGCUAUCCCUUUUUGAGAUUGAAAUAAGUGAAGAAGAGAUCGUCAGAUAUGGUAGUGACCUUGGAAAAGAUAAUUGUUUAUUAAAGACUGGUGCACGUUUUGGAGUUGAAGAAGUUUCCUCGGUCAAAUAAGUCGUUUCUGCUUGUAUAUUGCCUAGCAAGAAACUCUUUGUGAAUGGGGCUUACACAUGAAGCAUAAAUUAAAUCGUCACUAAAACAAAAAAUUUGGUAAAACCAGGGAAAUUGGGAUGGAUUCUAGCAUCAGUGGAAAUUCUUCUCCUACUCGAUCUAAGUGGAGAAAAGUGGCAUAUGGAGGAAUGCAGCCUGGGUUUGAUGACAACCACACUGAUGAGUCUUUCCUUGAAGAGAUGGUAAUGAAUGCUAAUGUUGUGAAACGAGACAUGUUGAAGGUGAUGCAAGACUCAGUUUCCAUAUCUCAGUAUCUGUGCAUUGUCACUCUUAUUGUCUUGGUUUGGAUCUACACCCUUACAUCCACACUUGAUGAGAAGUCCCUCUUGCUUCUUGAUGUGAGCCUCCUUGCAUUGGGUUUCCUCGUUCUUCUAUUUACUGAAGACAUGCUUUCUCUUAGUCUUCUUUUGCAUUAUGUCGUGAACAUCUAUUUUUUUGCCUCGGCGUUGUAUGUUUUAGCUCCUAUCUACCAAACCUUGACAAGGUCCAUAAGCUCUGACUCAAUAUGGGCAUUAACCAUUUCUCUUCUCAUACUCCAUCUCUUCUUGCAUGACUACUCAGGAUCCACCAUUAGAGCUCCUGGAGCUCUGAAAAAUCCCAACUUGACUAGUUGUAUUUCUUUAAAUGCUUCUGUGGUGGCAUCUGUUUUCAUUGCUUCUCGCCUUCCCUCCAGACUGCACGUAUUUGCUGUAAUGCUGUUCUCCUUGCAAGUCUUCCUUUUCGCUCCGUUAGUCACUUAUUGUAUUAAAAAAUAUUCUAAGUGCUUGCACUUUUUGCUUUCUUUUGCAUUGAUGGGGGUAACUCUGGUGUCUGUAUAUGCACUGCAUCGGUUACUCUUUGUGCUAUUGUUAGGUCUAUUGAUUUUUGUGAAUUUGGUGUGCCCUUACUGGCUGAUAAGGAUUCAAGAAUACAAGUUUGAGAUCAAUGGACCUUGGGAUGAAGCGAAGCUCUGCUUUGACAUUACAGAUUGAGAUCUUCAAUCCAGACCAUUUUGAACAUAUAUGAUUGAAUCUGUCCUGGUGAUUCCGAAGAUGAGUACUGGUUUCUAACUAAAUGUUCUCUGUAGUCUGCAUCAAAAGGGGAUGAAUUUCUGAUUGUUACAGAUAAAAUCGUAACUUGGAGAUUUGUUGAUUUAUGGCCUUGGCCUUGGAACUAGCGCCUGGGAUUUCUAGCAAACAGACUUCUCCACAGCUUCUAGAGAUUUUGGCUUGUAAUGAUACAAUGUAGAAGCUGGUAUCAUGGCUUGAUGUAAUAUGGUUCAACGACAAAGCAAUAUUUUGAUCGGACUUCGAAACAAUCAAGUUUAUGUGAAGUCGAGAAGCCAUUGUUGUAACAAGUUUUCUCUUUCACAAAGUGUUAUAUUUUUUAACUCAUCA